AUGAACGAAUAUGAUGAAGAUAAGGCGCGAGUACAAGAGGCUUUCCAGAAGCUCAAGCCAACAUGCGUCGCCCUCUUGGGCAAGUCUCUCCUCUCACCCACCUCUACGUCCAUCGUCCUAUCCCUCCUCUCAACACUGAAUCAGACCCUCUUAUCCUUACUAUCAACCCCUCAAGUUCUCACUCCCUCACUUAUCUCAUAUGCUUUCUUCCCACUCUCUUCGAUCCUGCGGCGCAACACUUCCGCUGCCAUCCCAGACCAAGUGCUUGAGCAAGUGCUCCGAUGCAUGGCUCUAUUAUGGGAGGAGUGGUGGUGGGUGUGUGAUCCAGAAGAGGGAGAAUGGAGUCAGUGCUGGAUCCUCGGGGGGAGCGUGCUGCUAGAUCUGGGAGAUGGGAAGGAGGGCAAAGGCAAAGGACGCGCAAGGGACGACGAAACGAAAGAUGCUGCUGUUACUCUGCUUCUCGCUCUCUUACGACCGUGGGCAGACGAAGAGGCCAGGAGCGGCACUACUGCCUCUGACAGAUUAUCUAAAUUCCGCACGCUUGCACAAGGAAAGCACCUAUCCCUGCUCGGGCAGACGCUCAGCUCGCUACUGGAAACUGACCUCUCUCCACACGCGCCACUCCAAAUUCACUCCCUCGAGCUCCUCAACAUCCUCAUCACGAGCUACUUCGAUACCUCGCAUGUUCCCUCUUUUCUCCCAGGUGUGGUCAGCUCGUGCUCCAAAGUUGCUCUCGGGCGGGAGAGGGCGGCGCACCAGCGAGGAGAGGUAGUGAAUCUUGCACUGGAGUUACUGGCCCAAACAAUGGUCAAAGGCAUAGGGGAUGAAGUUUGCCGUUCUGCGGGGCUCAUACGGAGCGUCUCCUCUCUUGAUGACCUGCUCGACUUGGCUACUCCUGCCUCAGCGAACGCUACGAGUACCCCGAAACCCGAGGAGAAAGCCCAACCACACAAACACUUCACCGUUCCCCGAUCGCAGGCGUGGUAUCGUGCGACUUCCUCCCAGCUGCUGAUGGCGCUCAAUAGCCUGAAUCCGCUGCUCAAACACCCAUCACCACAGGCUCAAGAGGGUCUGGCGACGUUACAUGCGCUUCUACUCCGCGCAUGCUCCGAAUCACUGCCUGACAUCGUGCCGUUGAUGAUCGCCAUCCUUCUGUCGCUUUCCCUCUCCCCGUACCCAGAUAUAUCGGACCGAGCAAAACAUGCCCUUAUUGAAUCCCUCUCCACAUCAAACCCUGCAGUCUCCCACCUUCUUCGCAUAACGACAACCAGCCUUUCCUCCCUCCCCCGAUAUCUUCCCUCUGGCCUCGAUUCCCAGAUCCAGACCGCGGCUCAACAAAUCACCGCAGCGGCACAGCUGGCCCUUGAGCCCGAUCUCUCUCACCUCGCAGAUGGCGUCGCCCAGCUUCUGGGCCCAAACGGUGGGAUCGAGAAAUGGGGACUUUCCUUGCUCCAUUCGCUGCAUUUCGUUCUUCCACCCGUAGCUCUCUACACUAACGCGUCGAAGUUACUCGAGAGCAGCCCAACCGAACUACCGCAAUUCCCCGCAUUCGAGCUCAAGAACGUCACCUCCCACCAAACCUUGCGCGCUCUGGAAGAUCUGUUUCGUUCUUUUGGCAGGGCCGGGGGACAGGAGGGCCUGUAUGCGGCGGAAUGGUUUGUUACUGUGGGGAAGCGAAGAACCGCGGUGGGUGUGGCGGCAUUAUGGGUUGCGGGAAGACUGCUGGAGGGUAUUGCGAACGUCAAGCUUGGAGUCGAAGGAGGCCGAGAGACGCCAGGGAAAACGCUGAGCAAGUUCUGCAGGUGGUUGGCGAGAAAUGUGGCAGAACUGUGGGAUAACGACGAUGACGGAGACGAAGAAGACGUCCCUCCGGCGACCACAGAUGAGGACAGCCUAUUGCCUAUUGAACGAGUCUCUGGCAUCAACCAGAUUCAAACACUUCUGGACCUUCGAAACGACACCCGAGGGAGUGGGGCCCAGAGUUCACGAAGCUCACGACAAUCACUAAUACCUAUUCAUGCGUCCUUUUCGCUCCAUAUGCUCGCACUUUCAUCACAGGUUCUCACCAGUAACUAUCGAAGCCUAUUCCUCCAAGUCCUAUACCCGGUGCUGCAUUCGUUGGUCUCCCCGAUACCUGCCGUAUCAGCUACGGCAAUGUGCACCUUGCAAGUCAUCAGCCAUUCAACGUCUUACGCAAGUCCUGCCAAUCUCCUGUUGUCAAACUUUGACUAUGCACUGGACGCAGUAUCCCACCGACUCACAAGGACGAGACUGGAUCUACAAGCGACCUCCGUACUGGUCGUCCUUGUCAGAGUGGUAGGAAAGGACGUGGUCGACAAAGCUGGUGACGUUAUUGAACAAUGCUUUGAUAGGCUGGACGAGUUUCAUGGAUACAGCGUUCUGGUCGAAGGCCUCAUGUCCGUCUUGGGUGAGGUCAUUUCCGUGCUUGAGCCGGACGAGCCCCCGCCAACAAAGAAGGGAGCGUCAAGACCUGAAGAGGAAGAGGUUUCGGAUUUUGCUAGCUUCGUGCAUUGGUAUGGGCACCGAGAUGAUCCCCCUGCACCAGAAGAACCGGAAGACUUCGGCCCGACACCCCAAGAACCCUGGACAUCUCCAGAUAAAGAGGACGAGAAGCCCCCGGAAGACGAGGAGAUUCCCCCAACGCCAUCCCAAGCGCUAGGCAAACAAAUCGUUGCCAAAUCGCUCUAUUUCCUCACGCACGGCUCUCCUCUGAUCCGCGCACGAGUGUUACAUGUCUUGACAUCCGCCACUCCCCUUCUGAGGGAAUCCGACCUCCUUCCUUCCGUCCACUCCGCCUGGCCCUUCAUCCUCAAUAGGCUCGAAGACCCAGAGCCUUUCGUACUACUCGAGGCUGCCACGCUCGUGUGCGCCCUCGUAGCCCGCGCGGGGGAGUUCAUGUCCACCCGAGUAAGUGACGACGUCUGGCCUCGAUUUAGGAAACUGCUGCUGCGACUCGCUGCUGCUGAUGGGCAGACGGCUAUGGCUCGCAGGAGGCAAGGCGCGUUGGUUGCAGACCCGUACUCGACAGCAUACAAGCUGUACUGCGCUGUCCUGGCUACUCUGACACAAGCGGUGCGUAGCGCGAGGUUGAAAGAGCAGGACACGUGGGAGAUGGCUAUGCUUUGUCGGAGGUUGUUGACUAGGGAGACGCAGGGAGAGCUGCAGGCGGCGGGGAGGGAGCUGUUCGGCGCCCUCCGGGAGAGGAACGCGGAUGCCGUGUGGUUGUUGCUUGUCGGUACUGUGGGGGAAGACUUGUUACCUGACGAACAGGUCCACCUCCCUGGGUUCCUGAGAGAGCCUAGUUGGGAGAUAGAAGAUAACGCCAGGCUUGUAUUGGGUAUGUAA